AUGUCUUCAGAUGCAGCCCCUAAUGGGUCCGGCAGAUGGCGGGGAGGGUUUAGAGGAACUCGACGUGGUGGCCGUAGUGCCCGAGGGCGCAGCGGUGGAGCUCGCGGCACAAGGCAACUGGUGGCUGAUCGUGACCUCUCGCCAAAAGCAGGUGCUGUCGUCCAACGAUUUCGACAGCGUCAAAAGGAUCUCAGCCAGAUAUACCGAAAAGUAGCGGCUGUACAGAAGUCUGCGGUUCUUGCACUAGCCAGCCGCUCGGAGGCUUUGCUGAUCAAAGAUCCAAAGGCACACAUGGCCUCCAGUCUCUACAAUGAGGUGCUCCAGGGCCUAGAAAAGAAGCUCAAAAAGGCUGAAGAUCUGAUUCAGAAGGAGUAUAGUUUGCGAGAACGGGCUCUAGAUGUUUGGCGCGAGACUGAGGAAUUCCGGAUCAGAACACAUUUCGAGAACAAAGUCGAAAAUGUGAUGAACGAGCACAUUAUUGCCGCUCAAGGCUCAUUCAUGGAAACUUCAGAGAAAUCACGCAUUGCAGCAGACGAGGACCACACAGAAACUGAAGAAUCAGCCUCAGAACCGCGGACGCCAGUCAGCCCACGUUUUGCUCGUGGGUUCGAUAGUUCAUUUGUCCGGGACCCAGAGGGAGCCGCUCUGUAUGAACGUGUGGAGAACGGGUGGGAAGAUCUAGCCCAGCGAACCAAGAUAGGCGAAGAAAUAUGGCCACGAAUUGUGGCUAUGCAUCAGGAAACGGAGGUGCCAGCACCGCAGGACGGUGAUGGCAUUAAUGGGCGUUUCACUAACCCUCGUUUCUCACGAUUAAUGGGUGCAUUGGUCGAGGCCUGCGAUAUCGCAGAAGGGAAGAAACCCAAGAUAGAAGAGGUUGAAGAGUCAAGCCCAUUAGAUACCCUGGCAAAUGCUGCACUGGAUCGAGGUGAGGUGAAAAAGCCACCACCUGCGCCAUCGCCAAAACCACCGCAGCUUCCACCGCAGCUUCCACCGACUUCUGCUCUUCUUCAACCACCUCCAAAUUUGCCAGCACCAUCACAACCAGAGCAACAGCCGCAAUAUAGCCCAAUACGCCCUGAUUCACAUAGGCCACUCCUCCCACAACCACUCGCUCAGCCAUUGUACCCUCCAUCUACGGAUAUGCGUAGAUACUCGGCUCCGCAGUUCGCUGGCCCACCGCCUCCGCAUCUCCAUCCUCCGUACCAGGGCCCCCACAUGCAUCAAGAGGCACCUCCUCAGCAACAACUACCCCCUGUGGGAACGAGGUCACAAUCUCAAGUGCUUCCUCACCUAAAUGAACAUCUAAGGCUACCUAAUACUAUUUCCCCCACGGAAUCAACACCUUCCUCCCUUUCAAGAGAUGGGAUACCAUCGCCCCAGCCUACCUCCACCUCCAUAUCAGGCACCUCCUCCUCCAACCAUACAAGGUCCCGGCCCAGGGAUGCCGAUGCCGUAUCCCCAUCAUACUCCAAGCGUAUACCCUCACCUACAGUAUUUACCACCACCGCCAAAUAUGCAAUACCAUCCGCAUCCCCCUCCUCCCCCUCAUCCUCCUCCGCAUCAGCCUUUACACCUACCUCCUGGCCCCCAUGGCCCUCACGGCCCUCAGACAUACCAUCACCAUCACCACCAAGCCUAUCAACAGCCGCCACCUCCACCCCCACCACACCAACCUCGGUACUAAUAGUGGCUGAAUCACUAGCUAUCCGGUAA